AUGAGGCUCUUCCCGCCUACUCAGCCGGAGAAUGGGCAUCAUCACGAAUCAACAACAUUCGGCGAGGGAAGCAUCGGGAUCGUUGCAGGCCUAAGCUUCGUGGCCGCUGGACUGGCAUUUCGCAGAGAUCAAGUGGGGAGCUUUCGUGCAUUGUUACACAACAACAAGACUUUGGCGCUGCUCACGAAAGGUGUCGCGUAUGGUGCUGCUGCUACGAUUCCUGUUGCUCUUCACAGCCGAUACGUGGAGCAGCGAAGAAGCGCAAAAUCAAUUCGAUCAGAGACAGCUGCUCUACCGAAGACGGUGUAUGUGGACCGCCUCYCACACUUURAUAUUGACAACGCAAUUAUUCUCGGAGGCUUGACGGGUGCGUUGAUCGCAUCACGAUUAAGACGCCCCGGAUCGGUUGUUGGCUUGAGAAGAUAUGCAUCGGCUAUCGUGAUUGGCACAGCUACUCCAACCAUCGCUUUCUGGUCGUACGAAUCGGUCAAGAACAGUGGAAACGAAUCUACCUGGAUCCCCUCGACAUCGAAACUGGUUGUUCGUCCUUCAUGUUCAGACUUGGAMUUUCCUUCGUUAUCUGAUUUGAUUCAUUCUGCUCUGGAUCGUGUGUCGGCCGGUGACGAGGCUCUCGCUACAGAAGGCCCACAGAGAGAGCGUAGUCACGAUGGCAGUAGCCUCGCAAUGCUAGGUAUGCCGAGAGGCUCGAAUGGUGAUUCUUCAGGGUCCGGUGGUAGUUGGGCUGUGUCUUCCGGCCUUGCAGGCCCACAGGUACAAUUGGAAAUACUUACUGAUGGGCCACACAUUGCGGUGAAGCAGGGCAACAAGGAUCCAGAGGUUCAACCUCAGACGAAUUACGGGUGGUACUCCAACAAUAAGAUCGCUGAGCUCGAGGCGCACAUCGCUACUAUGCGAACCAGGCGCCUGCGGCUUUCCCACGAAGCCGAGGUGGUGUGGGCAUGGCUAUCCGAAAAGGAGGCAAAGCAUUUGGAAAAGUUCCCCGUGACGAAAAAGGCAGAGGAGGGGGACGAAGAUCCAAGCGAUGCGGCCGUGGAAAGCUCAAUGAUCGUACAAAGUUUGAACCAAGUCCACGCCAGGAUAUGGCGCGAGGCUUCGGUAUGCGAUUGGAUCAUCGCUGAUUCGCAAAAACGUAUAGCACAGGAGAAGUCUCUUGCUGCUAAAGGCAGAGUCGACUGGCGACCUUCGUGCUCCGAAGCCGCUUCUUCGUCUCCAUUGGAAGUGACCCUGGAAGUGUUGAAGAACAACGCAGAAGUUCAGGCCAGUCUGAAGAAUCAUAUGGACCAAGCACUCUCGAGCCUAACGAUGAGUCUGGGCGACCCAUAUGCCGACCUGAAUGCCAAGGCAAUGCAUCCGAUCAAGAAGGAGAUGGCGACGCAAAAGGAAAUCAUCAAAGACGUUCGCGAGCACAUGGAGGAGCAGAAGAGGAGGGCGGAACUGUUCGGUAAAACGCUGAAGAAGGCAAUCGAAGAGGCCGAGAGCAAAGCUGGGAAAGGCAACUGA